GAUCCACAUCCUCGCAGGCACCACUGGGAGGACCGAUGAGAUAUAAGAAGUUCAUCAGCUCUUUUUUUCCCCAGAAGCCCCUCUCAUCUUGACCAAUGGGAUUAGGAUGAAAAGGUGAAAGUUGGAUUUUUUAAAUCAGCGGUUCUGUCAUGCGCUAAUCCGGACUAUUGAUAUAAACGGGCAGGGGGAUGUGAGGGACACAAAGCUGAGUCAAGUUUGACAUCGAAAACCAGGGAACGGACUUAAGCUGAGAGGAUGCAUGUAGUCUGGAUAUUUCUUCUAUUCAUUGAGGAGGGAUUUCCUCUGGCACAGAAGACUAAAGAUGCAGGCGGAGGAUCAAAAGGAGUCAGACCUUCUCAGCGGCCGCAGCGUUCUCGUCACUGUGGAAACUGGGUACGAAACGCAGAUGGUGGCACCUUCAGCUCCCCCAACUACCCGAAUACGUACCCUCCCAACAAGGAGUGCCUUUACGUGCUGGAAGCCCUGCCCCGCCAGAGAAUAGAGCUGCUGUUUGAUGACACCUUCUACAUCGAGGCGUCAUUCGAGUGCCGUUUCGACCACAUUGAGGUGCGGGACGGUCCCUUCAGUUUCUCCCCGCUCAUCAAUCGCUUCUGCGGCUCAGCCAACCCCGGGCUCGUCCUCUCCAGCGGGCGCUUCAUGUGGAUCCGCUUCUUUAGUGAUGAAGAGCUGGAGGGGAUCGGCUUCCAGGUCCAGUACAGCUUUACUGCAGAUCCUGAAUUUCAUCUGCACGUGGGAGCUUUAAACCCUAUCCCAGAUUGUCAGUUUGAGCUCUCUGGGGCUGACGGCCUGAUCCGUUCCAGUCAGGUGGAGGAGGAGUACAAAGUGAGGCCAGACCAGGCAGUGGACUGCAUCUGGACUAUACGAGCCCCAAAAAACAACAGGAUUUACCUGCGAUUCUUGGAAUACCAGAUGGAGAACUCAAAUGAAUGUAAGAAGAACUUUGUGGCUGUUUAUGAUGGCAGUAAUGCCAUUGAGGACCUAAAGGCCAAGUUUUGUAGUACAGUAGCUAAUGACAUCAUGCUGGACACCGGUGUGGGAGUGGUGAGGAUGUGGGCUGAUGAGACGAGCCGUCUCAGCCGUUUCCGGAUGCUGUUCACCUCUUUUGCUGACCCACCCUGCAUGGGCAGUGCAUUCUUUUGCCACAGCAACAUGUGCAUCAACACGUCUCUGGUGUGCAACGGCAUACAAAACUGCGUCUUUCCCUGGGAUGAAAGCAACUGCAAAGAGAAAAAGCACAAAGGUAUUUUUCACCAGAUCACAAAGACCCACGGGACAAUAAUCUGUGUGUCUACGGGAGUGGUGCUGCUGCUCCUCAUUGUCUCCAUACUGGUGCAAGUCAAACAGCCACGAAAAAAGGUGUUGGUACGUAAGAAUAACCUGUUUCACCGGAAUGACUUCCAGGAGGUGUUCGACCCUCCUCAUUAUGAACUUUUUACUCUCAGAGACAAGGAGAUGUCUGGGGACCUUGGGGAGUUAUCAGAGGAACUCCAGUCCCUGCAGGCGCUCAGGAGAUCCUCAUCAGGCUCACGUUGCAUACACGAACACCACUGUGGUUCUCAGGCCUCUAUCAACUCCAUCAAAGCCAGCCAUGGUGCACACGGCCUGGGCAGGGGAUCAAUGGAGCUUCCCCCUUUCAGAGGGGACCUCCAGAGCACAUUACCUCCUUUCAGGGACUUAAACAGCAGCAGCCUACGGAAGAAGAGCUGGCCCAGUAUAAAACCAGGCCGAAUCCAGGCCCAUCACAGCGUGGGGGAUAGGGUGCUGGGGCGGCAGGAUAGAGUCAUGGAGGAGGAUGAAGAGGAGGAGGAGGACGGAAGGUACGACGUGUAUGUGCGCAGAGCAGGAAGCCGAAGAGGGAACUACGAUAUGGCCCAACAAAGAUCCUUGUCCAUGGACUUCUGAAAACAGAAGGCAAGACAACGUUGGCAGGUUGGUAAAGUAAAUAAUACAGCAACAACUUUUAAAUCAGUGCCACAAAUUGGAAGAACUCAACACAUUUACAAGAAAGAGGAGGAAGAGACUGCUGUGUCACUGCAGAGAGGGUGUGUGUCACUUACAUCUCACAGAUGAUAAUACUGUGUAUUGUUCUUGUGAUUUAUGUGUUAUGUUCAAUACAUUUUACUGUAAAGCAAAUAGAUUCUAUUCAGUAUGUUUUAAUUCGAUGUUUAUGUUCCCAAAGAAUAUUUUAAAUGGAAUUGUGGUUACAUUUUGAGCAAACAAUGGAAUAAUCACUUCUCAGUUCUUGUUUAAUCUAUUAGUACCUGUGUUAAACAAUAAAUAUCUACAUUUCCACACCAUUGGUUUAGGAAAAGUCUCAUCUUGCAUUUGAUGUAGAGUCAGUUUUAACACCAGAAAUAAAAAUAACCAUUAACAGCUGAA